UACCCCUACUGGUAAUUAAGCAAGUGAGCAAGGAACUCAAAAGAAAGCAGUCACUUCUCGUUGCUUGGUUGGUACCACUCUCGAUCCAUCGAUGUGGCGGCUAAGGACCGGGAAGGCCAUCGGCGACGAGCCGUGGCUGCGCACAACCAACGCGCACGCCGGCCGCCAGGUCUGGGUGUUCGACUCCACAGCAAGCGACGCUGCCACCGCUGAGGUCGACGACGCGCGCCAUGAGUUCACACGCCGCCGGCACCAGCAGAAACACAGCGCCGACCUCCUUAUGCGCUUGCAGUUCGACAAGUUGACUCCUCCCAAGUUUGGCAUUAGUGAUAACAAGUUUGAGGAUGACAAAGAUGUAACCGAAGAAGCUGUUUUUACCUCUUUAAAAAGGGUGAUUGGACGAGUAUCUAAUCUCCAAGCACAUGACGGACACUGGACUGGGGAUAUCGCCGGUCCUAUGUUUCUUCUGCCGGGCUUGGUCAUAUCAUUGCAUUCGACUGGUGCCCUAAAUACUGUCUUGUCGUCGGAGCAUCAGAAGGAGAUACGCCGGUAUCUAUAUAACCAUCAGAACAAAGAUGGAGGCUGGGGGUUGCACAUUGAGAGCCCAAGCACCAUGUUUGGUUCUGUCCUGACCUAUGUUACUUUGAGAUUACUUGGAGAAGGACUUGAUAGUGGAGAUGGAGCCAUGGAAAUGGCUAGAAAUUGGAUUUUGGAUCAUGGAGGAGCAACCUUUACAACAUCAUGGGCCAAAUUUUGGCUUUCGGUCCUUGGUGUAUUUGACUGGUCUGGUAACAAUCCAUUGCUUCCGGAACUAUGGUUACUGCCAUACUGCCUCCCAUUUCAUCCAGGGCGCAUGUGGUCGCAUUGCCGAAUGGUAUACUUUCCCAUGUCUUACGUAUAUGGAAAGAGGUUUGUUGGUCCAAUUACACCAGUUGUAUUGAACUUACGGAAGGAGCUCUAUAAAGUACCCUAUGGUGAGAUUGAUUGGGACAAGGCCCGGAACCAAUGUGCUAAGGAGGAUCUGUACUGUCCACAUCCAAUAGGACAAGAUAUCAUAUGGGCCACUCUUAACAAAUUUGUUGAACCAGUUCUGUCGCAUUGGCCCGGAAGCAAAUUGAGGGAAAAAGCUUUGAGAAAUGCCAUGCAACAUAUCCAUUAUGAAGAUGAAAACACUCGAUAUAUUUGUAGUGGUGCUGUAGGGAAGGCAUUAAAUAUGCUCUGUUGCUGGAUAGAAGAUCCUAACUCAAAGGAAUUUAAGCUUCAUAUUCCUAGGAUCUAUGACUACUUGUGGGUUGCUGAAGAUGGCAUGAAGAUGCAGGGUUACAAUGGCAGCCAACUUUGGGACACAGCUUUCACAGUUGAAGCUAUACUGGCUACAGAACUCACAGAAGAGUACGGCUCUACUCUUAAACUAGCAAACGACUACAUAAAAAAUUCACAGGUUCUUUACGAUUGCCCCGGAGAUCUAAGUUACUGGUAUCGACAUAUAUCUAAAGGUUCGUGGACCUUCUCCACCGCUGAUCAGGGUUGGCCUGUAUCAGACUGCACCGCUCUAGGAUUAAAGGCCUCAUUGUUGAUGUCAAAGAUUUCUCAAAAAAUUGUUGGCAUUCCAUUGGAAGCCAAUAGACUUUAUGAUGCCGUCAAUUGUCUGCUUUCUUGGAUGAACGGGAAUGGUGGCUUUGCGCCGUAUGAACUGACUAGGUCUUACGCCUGGCUGGAGUUUCUCAAUCCUUCUGAGACCUUUGGGGACAUAAUGAUUGAUCAUCCUGUUGCCGAGUGUACUUCAGCGGUGAUCCAGGCUCUGGUAUCAUUCAGAAAGGACUACCCCGGACAUCGAAGGGAAGAGAUAGACAAAUGUAUCCAUAAAGCCGAUGGCUUCAUUCAGAGUAUUCAAAGAAGUGACGGUUCAUGGUACGGCUCCUGGGGUGUUUGUUUCACACAUGGGACAUGGUAUGCAGUGAGGGGAUUAGUUGCCGCUGGAAGGACAUUCAAGAACUGUCUUGCUAUCAGGAAGGCAUGCGACUUCUUGUUGUCCAAAGAGCUUCCUUCUGGUGGUUGGGGAGAAAGCUAUCUGUCAUGCAGGGAUAAGGUUUACACCGAACUUGAAGGAAGGCACCCCCAUGUUGUCAGCACUAGCUGGGCCAUGCUGGCUCUAAUUGAUGCUGGACAGGCCGAGAGAGACCCAGCACCUGUGCACCAGGCAGCCAAGGUUUUGAUCAACCUGCAAUCAGAGGAUGGCGAGUUCCCUCAGCAAGAGAUCAUCGGAGUUUUUGCCCGAAACUGCACCAUCACCUACUCCCAGUACAGGAACAUCUUUCCUAUGUGGGCACUCGGAGAGUACCGCUGUCGAGUCCUGCACACCACCAGAUCCCCAGAUGAACAUGGAAAUGCUAGCUGAUCAUCGUCAAGCUCGAACUUU